CCCUUUAACUGGAGAAAAACUCAGCAUAGAGUACAAACAAACCCUUCCUCCUCCCCUUACCUCCGGCGUCGCUCCUCCCCUCUAAUGCUACUGGUUAUUAUGAUGUCAUUGUGACUGAUUAUGUAUGUACGCAAAAUGGACAUUUGUAAACAAAUGAGGGGCUAACACUUCCUCCUCCGCUUUACCAUUGUCGUUCUCGAUUUAGAAAACCCUCUUUUUUGCUCACCUUAGCACUGUCGAAUUUGAAAACCCUAGAAAUAAUUUUCCUCGACUUUGUGUACGCUGGUUUGCAAACAUAAUAUAAAAGGAGGAAGAAGAAAAGCGUUAAAUAUUUUGCAAUGAAAGUCGUCGAUAAAUCCCAUAUGAGCAAGUUUCCUCAAGAAAUUUAUCCAACGAGCACCAAUAACAUGAAUAACAUGAGCAAGCAACACGAAAUUAAUAUUUCAAGCACUCGAGUUGACAUCUCGGAGUCAGAACCAGAACCUGGUUCAACCAAUGACCUCAAUACCAUAAACGAGGAGCAUGAUAUUAACCCUCGUCCACUAAAUCUACCUUGUACAGAUCUACUCCAUGGAAGUAGAGAUGAUUACAUCAAGAUAUUACUUCCUUUGUACGAAGCAUCAGUUACAUGUGAUUGGGAUGCUGCUAAGGCCAUCAUUGACAAACGCCCAGAGUUGGUGCGAUUUGCUAUCACUGAUCGUUAUGAGACAGCACUUCAUAUUGCAGCAUCAGCAGAACCAACCAAGCUGGCUGAAGAAUUUUUGAAGAAUCUAGUUAAUAUGAUGGAAGAAAAGGAUUUGGAGCUUGAGAAUAGAGGUGGCGAUAAUGCACUUUUCGCAGCAGCAGUAAGUGGAAGUCCCAAAAUGGUUGACAUACUGCUAAAAAGGCACAAAGGCAUGUCUAUUCCAUUAGCCGCAAGUACUUACUGUGGAAAUCAUAACAUGGCGAGGUAUCUCUAUGAUGCUUCUGAAAAGAUGAAGAGCUUAACACAAAUGGAUCGGAUAUUUACUCUUAACCAUUGUGUAACUGCGGAUAUGUUUGAUAUCGCAUUAAAAAUUUUGACAGACUACCCUGAAAUCAUGGAUGCACCUGCUGAAAGUCAGUUUAUACUUGAUGCUUUGUCUGGAAAGGUUGAUGCAGUUAAUAAAAAAGAACCAAUUAUAAUUUGGAAAAUUGUUGAUUCAAUUUUUGCAAAACUAUAUAUGAAGAAGAGAGUUUCGAAAAAGGAUCAUCAAGCAUUGAAUUUGCUAACAAGGGUUCUGAAUAGUACUAUUAAAUUCAAUAAGCUUGUCAUCGAUAAAAUAUUAUUCAGGCGCGUUGAGGAUGGUGUUCAGAAGUAUUCUGGAAUAGUAUUUAAUGCUGCAGCAGUUGGCAACACAUGUUUUAUUAUUGAACUCAUCCGAAUCUAUCCCCAUGUAAUAUGGAUGCCAAAUGAUGAUGGACACACUAUAUUUCACAUAGCUAUUAUGCAUCGUCACCAAGGUAUCUACAAUUUAUUGUAUGAAAUAGGCUCAAGGAAGUAUGUGAUAGCUUCAUGGACAGACAAAAAGGAAAAUACUAUACUUCAUUUACUUGGGCUAACUAUAGAGAAAGUUCAACUUCAGACGCAAUCAAGAGUAUCUCUAUUGUUGCAACGAGAUUUACUAUGGUUCCAUGAUGUGGAGAAGAUGUUGCCACCUCCUUUAAGGGAACAUAAGAACAAAGAGGGCCAAACAGCCUAUCAAUUAUUCUUUGAGAACAACAAAGAUCUAGUUUCGGGCAGUUUGAAAUGGAUGAAAGAUUCUAUGGUCGUUGCAACACUUAUUGUCACUGUAGCAUUUGCAGUUGCGUUUACUAUUCCCGGAGGAUAUGACCAAGAAAACGGGUUUCCUAUCUUCAUCCAUGAACCCACCUUCUUAGUUUUUAUAAUAGCAGAUGCAAUUUCCUUAUUCUCUUCCUCAACUUCACUUCUAGUGUUCCUAUCUAUCAUCACAUCUAAUUAUGGUCAACGUGAUUUCCUGUACUCAUUACCCAGAAAGCUAGUGAUAGGUUUGGUAACACUUUUCAUCUCUGUAGCAGCCAUGAUGCUUACCUUUGUUGCAAGUUUCUUUGUGUUAUACCGUAAUGGGUUGAAAUGGGUACCGAUCAUUAUCGGUAUAUUAGCUGCCAUGCCAGUCAUUGUAUUUGCAGCACUCCAGUUUCCUGUUUGGUUGGACAUGUUUCGCUCGAUGUAUGAUUCUAGGUAUAUCUUCCAUCCUAAGAGAAAUAUGCUUUACAAUAAAAACCCAAGGUUGUAAUAUUCUUUUUAUAAAAGAAAGUACAUUGUUU